GGGCAGGAGUAGAGAAGCCGGGCACGAGCCCCCGGACCUCCUUCGGGUGGCAGGAGGAGAAGCGGCACCCCAGUGACCGGGCCCCCCUCCCCUUGGGAAGGCCGACCUCCGCCCACUCCCUCCGGUUUAAACUCCGCGGUGUCGGCCCCGCGAGGUCCAUUACAGCGACCUGACAGAGAAGGGAAGUCUGCCGGCUUCGUUAGUCGCCCCAGCGGACGGGACCUGAGUAUGAAGGGAUUGUUUGCCAGGGUCCUCUGCCUCUGAGAGUGCGGUCGAAGUUCUCCAUGCCCGGGCUGUGGCUGCUCCCCACAAGACGAUGCAGGGCGGGGGGCCGACCAACCCCGAGGGGAUGGAUCACCCGGUGCACAGAGGGGAGCUGAUGUCUGCGGUUCUCCACGACCGGGACCGAUCUCUGGUGGAAGAGGACGACCCUCACAUGAAAGUGUCCCUCCCUGGUGGCGAAAUGGGAGUGUCUGCCCACCUGCAGUCUUCCAAGACAGGAACCACACGCUUUUUCACCAGCAAUACCCAUAGUUCUGUGGUCUUACAGGGCUUUGACCAGCUGCGGAUGGAAGGGCUGCUCUGCGACGUGACCCUGGUCCCGGGGGACGGGGACGAGGUGUUUCCCGUCCACAGGGCGAUGAUGGCGUCGGCCAGCGAUUACUUCAAAGCCAUGUUCACAGGUGGAAUGAAAGAGCAAGACUUGAUGUGCAUUAAACUCCAUGGUGUGAACAGGAUCGGCCUGAAGAAGAUUAUCGAUUUCAUCUACACUGCCAAGCUUUCUCUAAGCAUGGACAACCUUCAGGACACUCUGGAAGCUGCCAGCUUUUUGCAGAUUUUACCCGUUUUGGAUUUCUGUAAAGUUUUUCUUAUAUCCGGGGUCUCUCUGGAAAACUGCGUGGAGGUGGGGCGGAUCGCCAACACCUACAACCUGACGGAGGUGGACAAGUACGUGAACGGCUUCAUCCUGAAGAACUUCCCCGCCCUGCUGAGCAGCGGCGCCUUCCUGCAGCUGCCCUUGGAGCGCCUGGCCUUCGUGCUGGCCAGCAACAGCCUGAAGCACUGCCCGGAGCUGGAGCUGUUCAAGGCGGCCUGCCGCUGGCUGCGCGCCGAGGACCCGCGCCUGGAGCACCCCCGCAUGGAGCACGCCGCCAAGCUCAUGCUCAACAUCCGCUUCCCGCUCAUGCUGCCGCAGGACCUCAUCAACCACGUGCAGACGGUGGACUUCAUGCGCACGGACAACGCCUGCGUCAACCUGCUGCUGGAGGCCAGCAACUACCAGAUGAUGCCCUACAUGCAGCCGGUCAUGCAGUCGGACCGCACCGCCAUCCGCUCGGACAGCACCCACCUGGUCACCCUGGGCGGGGUCCUGCGGCAGCAGCUGGUGGUCAGCAAGGAGCUGCGGCUCUACGACGAGAAGGCCCGUCGCUGGAAGUCGCUGGCCGCCAUGGACGCCCCCCGCUACCAGCACGGCAUCGCCGUCAUCGGGAACUUCCUCUACGUGGUGGGCGGCCAGAGCAACUACGACACUAAGGGCAAGACGGCCGUGGACACGGUCUUCCGCUUCGACCCGCGCUACGACAAGUGGAUGCAGGUGGCCUCGCUCAACGAGAAGCGCACCUUCUUCCACCUGAGUGCCCUGCAGGGCCACCUGUACGCCGUGGGCGGUCGCAAUGCCGCCGGCGAGCUGGCCACCGUGGAGUGCUACAAUCCCAGGAUGAAUGAGUGGAGUUACGUGGCCAAGAUGAAUGAGCCCCAUUACGGCCACGCGGGGACCGUGUACGGGGGACUCAUGUACAUCUCAGGGGGCAUCACCCACGACACGUUCCAGAAGGAGCUGAUGAGUUUCGACCCGGACACGGACCGCUGGGCGCAGAAGGCCCCGAUGACGACGGUGCGGGGGCUGCACUGCAUGUGCACGGUGGGGGACCGGCUCUACGUCAUCGGCGGCAACCACUUCCGCGGCACCAGCGACUACGACGACGUGCUCAGCUGCGAGUACUACUCGCCCGCCCUGGACCAGUGGACGCCCAUCGCGGCCAUGCUGCGCGGGCAGAGCGACGUCGGCGUGGCCGUCUUCGAGAGCAAGAUCUACGUGGUCGGGGGCUACUCGUGGAACAACCGCUGCAUGGUGGAGAUCGUGCAGAAGUACGACCCGGAGAAGGACGAGUGGCACAAGGUGUUCGACCUGCCCGAGUCGCUGGGCGGCAUCCGCGCCUGCACGCUGACCGUCUUCCCGCCGGACGACCUGGCCGCCUCGCCCUCGCGGGAGUCUCCGCUCGCGGCUCCGUGAUGGGGGGGGCCCCCGCCGCCCCGGCCGCGUCGUCGCCGCCUCCCCCGGGGGG